AUGGCGACCAAAACUACUAAGCGCGAGCCGCAGGUGGAGCUGCGCAAGCUGACCGACGACUACUGCGAGUUUGUGCUGAAGGGCACGGACGUCAGCAUGGCCAACGCGCUGCGCCGCAUCAUCCUCGUAGAGGUGCCCACCAUUGCCAUCGAGCUGGUUGAGUUUGAGGCCAACACCACGGUGCUGAACGACGAGUUCCUGGCGCACCGCCUGGGCCUCAUACCCCUCGUGUCCACCCGCGUGCACGACAUGAAGAGCAUCUACGAGGCACAAGUGGGCGCAUGGGUGGCCCGCAGGCGGCGGCACUACAUCCACCCGGUGGGCUACCACGACCGCGAGGACAAGGGCAUCCUGCUGGUCAAGAUGCGGCGCAACCAGGAGCUCAAGCUGCGGGCGGUGGCGCGCAAGGGCACGGGCAAGGACCACGCCAAGUGGAUGCCCGUGGCCACCUGCGUGUACCAGUUCAUGCCCGAAAUCACCAUCAACCACGCCCUCAUGGACACUCUCACAGACGACCAGAAGGAGGAGUGGUGCGCAGCAGACCCGCGGAAAACGUUCCGGCUGAACAAGCUGACGCACAGGGUGGAGGUGACCAACCCCGAGCUGUACCAGUACGACGGCGAGGUGCUGGCCAAGGCGGAGGAGAUGGGCAAGCCGGGGCUGGUGGCCAUCAAGCAGAAGCAGGACACCUUCAUCUUCCGGGUGGAGGGCACCGGCGUGCUGCCGCCCCAGGACAUUGUGCUGACCGCCUGCGAGGUGCUGGCCAGCAAGAUACGCAACCUGGAUGCGGCGCUGGCGGAGGAGGCGCGCCGGUUUGACGGCCGGGAGGAGCCGGCGCCCAUGCAGGCGUGA